AUGUACAAAAAUACUACUCAUUCAAGGAAGAUAAAUUAUCAUCGAACACUUUAUGUUAUUUGGAUUGGUCAAAAUGAUUAUUACUUUAAUUUAGCUUUAGCUUUUGCUCCAUCAAUCGUUGUUCAAAGUAUAAUCAAUGGAAUAAAUGAUUUAAUUAAAAUAGGUGCUAAACAUAUUCUUAUUAUUAAUCUACUGCCAUUUGAAGCAUAUUCAGCUUUAGCUGUUUUUUAUGUACCUGAUCUAUUAAAGAAACUUACACUUGAUCAUAAUAAUAAUUUAUUAAAUUCAGUUCGACUACUUCAAGCAAAACAUUCGAAAAUAUCAUUUGAAAUCUUUGAUCUUUAUUCACUUAUUUCAAAUAUUCUUAUGAAUAUCAAAGCAUAUGGAAUAAGUAGUAUGAAUAAAUGUUAG